AUGGUGACCAAAUUCUACCAGCACCUCCUGGCUUUGGCAUUUGCCAUCGAUGAGAUUAAUGAGAAUCCCAAAAUCUUGCCCAACGUCACUCUUGGCUUCCACAUCCAUGACAGUUACUCUGAUGCGAUGAUGACCUAUUGGACCACUCUAGGCCUGCUUUUCUCAUACCAGGAGUUUGUUCCCAACUAUAAAUGCGGCAUCCAGAAAAAUGUCAUAGGAGUCAUUGGGGGACUUGAUUCUGAUACGUCUGUACGUAUUGCAAACAUCUUGCUACUUUACAAGAUUCCACAGCUCCACUCAUUUAUUCAAAGGAUUUCCUUCAACAACAAUGCUGGAGAUCAAAUCAUGUUUACUGAACAUGGAGAACUGGCAGCUGGGUUUGAUGUGACGAACUUGGUCACUUUCCCCAAUAACUCCUACAUCAGAGUGAAAGUGGGCAGGCUGGAUCCUCGGGCUCCUCCAGGGAAGGAGUUGAGCAUUGAUGAGGACAGAAUAGAGUGGCACAUGGAACUGACUCAGAUGCCUCCCUUUUCCUUGUGCAAUGCCAGCUGUCAUCCUGGUUUCAGUAAGAAAAAAAAGGAAGGUGCAAAAUUUUGCUGCUAUGAUUGUGCUCCAUGUCCCAACGAAAUGAUUGCAAAUGAUGAGGACAUGGAUAAUUGUAUCAGGUGCUCGGAAGAUCAUUAUCCGAACAAGAAUCGAGAUCAAUGCAUCCCCAAGAUUACAACCUUCCUACAUUUUGCUGAAACUUUGGGUACAGUUUUAGCUUCUCUGAUUCUUUUCUUGUCCCUGGUGACAACUCUAGUGCUCUUAACCUUCAUUUGGCACCGAGACACUCCCAUCGUCAAAGCCAACAACCGGAGCCUCACCUAUGUUCUCCUCGUGUCUCUCCUCCUGUGCUUCCUCUGUGCUUUGCUCUUCAUCGGACAGCCUAACCAAGUGACCUGCCUCCUUCGACAAACAGCUUUUGGAAUUAUCUUCUCAGUGGCUAUUUCUUCUGUGUUGGCCAAAACCAUUACAGUGGUGGUGGCUUUCAUGGCCUCCAAGCCAGGAAAUGUUUUCCAAAAAUGGGUUAGGAAAAGAUUGGCGUAUCCCAUUGUCUUUUCCUGCUCCCUUGUUCAAGCCUUCAUUUGUGCCAUUUGGCUGGGUACUUUCCCUCCUUUUCCAGAUUUGGACAUGCGCUCACUGAGUGCAGAAAUCAUACUGCAGUGUAAUGAAGGGUCAUUAGACUUCUUUUACUGUGUCUUUGGCUACAUGGGCAUUCUUGCCACCGUCAGUUUCAUUGUGGCUUUUCUAGCCAGGAAGCUACCUGACAGUUUCAAUGAAGCCAAAUUCAUCACCUUCAGCAUGUUGGUCUUUUGCAGUGUUUGGCUGUCCUUCAUUCCCACUUAUCAAAGCACAAGUGGAAAAGACAUGGUAGCUGUAGAGAUUUUCUCCAUCUUGGCCUCCAGUGGUGGGUUACUGUGUUGCAUAUUUUCCCCUAAAUGCUAUAUUAUAAUAUUGAGGCCUGAGCUGAACAAAAGAGAACAGCUUAUAAAGAAAAAGAUGCUGAAAGAUCUGUUAUUGUCAAAAAACGUUCCAAGUCAGUAA